GUGUGACGUCAUCGCACAACACGCUUAGUCAGUCCGCUCGCAGUCGCGCGCCCCUGCCGUUGAAAUUAAACCCAAUAACUUUUAAAAAUGUCCAAUCCAAAUACCAGAAAGUCAUGUGUUGUGCCUAAAUGUAAUAAUACAACUAUCAAUUCGCCGGAAAAGUUGUUUUUUAUAGUUCCAAAGGAAGUUAAAAUGCGAAAAAAAUGGACAAAAGCUAUGAAGAGGUUAGAUCCAUUUGGAGAUAAAAGCACAGUUUAUUGUUGUGAAGACCAUUUUGACAUUGAAAAUGAUAUGGAGAACUAUAUAAAAUAUAAAUUGGUCGGCGGCAGAAUUAAACUAAAACAGAGUAUAGUUCCACACAAAUUCAAAUGCCAACAGGGAAAGGAAGAUAAACCUCAGAGAUUUGCAAUACAAAAACGUAAUAGUUUAGAAUAUUUUGAGAAACUAUUAAAUAAAGAUGAAACUUCGAUGUUAGAAAAACCUGUAGAGAUAUUUGUUGUUAGCUGUGAAGAUGAAAUAGUAAUAAAAGAUCCUUUAAGUUUUGGAAAUAAUGAUCAGUGUUUAGAAAUAUUAAAAAGAAGUAAGGGAGUGCAAGUAAAUCUGAAAGCUAAAGGUGUUCAUAAAUCAACCAUGACUGUUAACAAAUGCUUAAAAAAAAAGAGAAACAUAAAAUUUUCGCCAGAUGCAGUAUGAACGACUCAUCUUCAAACAUCUCUUCACAUGAAAUGAACAAUAAUAAAGAAGAAAGAAAUUUUAUUUCACCGGGAUAUGGCGGCAGAGCAACAGAUUCAUUAAUUUUUGAAGAUUUUGGUAUUUUACAAAAUUUACCUGAAGGAUCAGCAGUAUUAGCAGACAGAGGUUCUAAAAAUGUUGCGCAUUUGUUACAACAAAGUGGACAUACUCUGAUCAGACCUCCUAGCGUAAGCACUAAACUAAAACCAACCAAAAAAGAAGUUUUGGAGACAAAAAAAAUUGGAUACACGUAGAAAGAGCAAUCGGCAGACUUAGAUUCUUAGAGUUCCACACGCUUGUGUAGAUCUAAAGCAAAUCGACCUGCUAGAUUCAGUGGUUAUUUUAGCAUGCGGAAUAGUUAAUCUUCAAAGCAGUCUGUUUCAUUCAAAGUAACUUCCUAGUGUUUUAAGCAAAAGACGUUUUCCACAAUGUUUGUGUUUUAAAUUAUAGAGUUGUGUAUUCAAACAUCUUUAUUUGGAAUUAAAAAUGAAAUUAAAUAAAA